AUGUCCAAGAAGCUCAAAAUAGACAAAAUGGUUAAAAUUUGUACCCAUUCGGGAUCAUUCCACGCCGAUGAAUCUUUGGCUGUAUAUAUGCUCAAGCUUUUACCACAAUUUCAAAACGCCGAGCUCGUAAGAUCGAGAAAUCCACAAGAUUGGGAAUCAAGUGAUAUUGUUGUUGAUGUUGGAGGAAAAUAUGAUGGAAAGAAGUUCUUUGAUCACCAUCAACGUGAAUUUGAUACUACAUUCAAUGAAAAAUAUCAAACGAAAUUAUCAUCAGCAGGUUUAGUAUAUAAACACUUCGGUAGAGAUAUCAUCAAGGAAGUAUUGGGAUUGUCAUUGGAAGACAAAAACAUAGAGUUGUUGUACGACAAAGUGUACAAGGAGUUUAUUGAAAGCUUAGAUGCAAAUGAUAACGGUAUCAACAACUAUCCUAAGGAUGUGGAACCGAAGUUUAAUGACAGAAAUAUUACAUUACCAUCUAUAGUCUCCAAAUUGAAUCCAAGAUGGAACGAAAGCUGCACAGAUGCAGAUUAUGACCGCCAAUUCAAUAUUUCUAGCGAGCUUAUGGGUAAAGUAUUUGUCAAUUUGUUGGAAGGAUACGGCAAAGGUUGGCUUCCAGCUAAGUCUAUCGUUGAAGAGGCCUUCAACAAAAGAUUUGAGGUUGAUCCUAGUGGUGAAAUUCUUGUGUUGUCACAAUUCUGCCCUUGGAAAGAACACUUGUAUGUUAUUGAAAAGGACAACAAUGCCGAGGGUGCUAUUAAGUUUGUCUUGUUUAAAGAUUCCAGCGGUAAGUGGAGGGUUUCGACCGUAAGUGUCACUUCAAGUUCAUUUGAAUUCAGAUUAGGUUUACCUGAACCUUUGAGAGGAUUAAGGGACGAAGAAUUGAGUGAAAAAGCUGGUAUUGAAGGUUGUAUUUUUAUCCAUGCUGCUGGGUUUAUUGGAGGCGCAGCCAGUGAAGAGGGAGUUUUGAAAUUGGCCAGAAUGUCAUUGAAAAAAGAUUAA